AUGUCAUUUGACAGAUUGAUACGAUUUGAAGACGCGGAAGGCGUUGAGAGAUAUGGCAAUAUUGACAACAACAUUCCGGCAUCGGAGCUGCUUGGAAAGACAGUGCAAGUCGUAUUGGGUACUCUGGAGUCUGGCUUCAACGUAUCUGAUGAUCAAGCCGUAGUCGGCAAAUUGUUGUGUCCGCUGCCAAACUCACCCCUCAUUAUCUGUGCUGGGGUCAAUUAUAAGUCUCAUGCAAGCGAAACAAAGUUUCAACCGCCCAAGAAGCCUGUAAUCUUUGCGACCCCUCCCGACAGGCUCGCAGGACCGCUGGACGAUAUCAAGAUCCAUCCAGACGCGCAGGAGCUACUUGACUACGAGGGUGAACUAAGCGUUGUGAUCGGAAAAGAUGGAUUCGACAUCGGCGAAGACGAGGCGCUGGAUUACGUUCUUGGUUACACCGUAAGCAACGACGUGUCAGCGCGUAACCUCCACGCACUCGACGUCUCCGGAUAUCAAAUGGGAUACGCAAAGUCUUUUGACGGAUUCGGACCUAUUGGGCCCAGCCUAGUAUCCCCUAAGCUGAUCACCGACCCGCAAAAUCUGAAGCUGACAACCACUGUGAACGGAACCGUCCGUCAAAGAACUGUCAUUAUGACCGGAACGCCGGAGGGCGUGGGAUGGCACACCAAUGGCUGCUUGAACGACGGUGAUGUGGUUCAGAUCGAGAUCGAGAAUCUGGGUCAUAUCAAGAACAAGAUGGUCUUCCAAAAGAGCGACUAA